GUGUGGAUGGUAGAUUGGGAGAACUGGAUAUUAUAAGGCACCGUCACUGACCUCAAAUAAGACGCAAACUUUUCAGAUAUGGCAACCGAUGAAAUUGCAUCUUUCUGCAACAUUUGCCUAACCAGGGACCUAAAUAAGUUAGCGGAGGAAUACUGUCCGCAAUGUGAAGAGGCGCUUUGUGGAGACUGUCGACAUCAUCAUAAGAUAUCGAAAUCGACAAAAUCACAUCAGACAAUCUCUAUAAAAAAAUAUAACAAGUUACCAUCUUUCAUCAAGCAAAUAAAGCAUAACUGUGAGGAGCAUGAUUGCUUUCUUGAAUGUUAUUGUAAAUGUCAUGACUCUCUGUGCUGCAAACGAUGUUUGAUAUCAAGUCAUAAGGAAUGCAAGGAAAUUAUUUUCAUUGAAGAUUUUCUAACACCUUCUACAGGAUAUCACUCCGUAGCUUUAGAUAACAUUGAAAAAGCCCUCGCAGAUCUAGAAACUAAUAUUUGUUCCGCUAUAAAAGAUAGAAAUAGAAAUUUAACCAAGUUACUUGAACAGAAGCAGAAGAUUUUAGAACAAAUUAAAAAAAAGCGUAAAGAAAUCAACACAUUUUUAGAUAAUUUAGAAGGAGUUUUACAAGAUAAAGUAUCUGCAAUUGAAAAAGAAUACAGUCGGAAAAUAGAAGAAGUGAUUGCAAAAUUAGAGGAUGAAAAAAAGAAAGUAGACGAAAAAAAAGAAGAUGUUGAUUCUGUCAAAAUGUGUGCAUCCAAUCUACAAAUCUUCAUGGGAAUAAAGACAUUCCAGGAAAAUCUUUCAACCAAUGAAAUUAACGUCCAAAAGUUAUAUGAUAAUGGAUAUCUUAACAAUUUCACAAUGCAGUGUACGUUUAAUGAUAAAAUGGAAGGGUUUAUAAAAGAAAUAAAGACAUUUGGUGACAUAGAAAUUGACAGUCGUGAAAAACAUAGUUCGUUUUCUUGGACAGGUGAUAAAUCAUCACAAAUAAUCAAAUCUACUGUGAGUGAGACUUUGAUUGAAAACAUACACCUUAUGCUUGAACGUAAGUUUGACAUAUGUCGUAGUGGUCUUACUGGAUGUGCCAUGUCAGAAGCUGGUAACAUGUUAUUUCUACAAGCACACGCGAAUAAUCUGCUGAGAUAUGGGGCUAAUGGUCAAUUCAAAUCCGAAUCGAAAAUAAACUCUAAAAAUUGCCAAAUUGGAUAUGAUCUGACAGUGAUCGAUUCAAACACGGUAUUGGUAUCCAGUGGUGGAUAUUCCCCACAACAGAUUUAUCUCAUGGAAAUGGAUAGUGCACAACCGCGUCAAGUGUUCAAACUAGACGACUUUUGUUGUGGUUUAAGCUAUCUCAAUGAAUCAUUUAUUUGUUGCACAUAUCACCAUGGCAUUAAAAUAUAUGACAGGUCACACCAAAAGUUAACGUACAACCGGACACUAAAUAAUGCUCCAUCUAACGUAGAUGAUACUUACGUUACCUCAAAUGAAAAUUUCAUUUUUCAUUCCAACUGGCGUGAUAACUCUAUUGUUUGUUACGAUUUCAGUGGGUUGGUGCAAUGGAAAUAUUCUGAUUCGUUGCUCAGAAAACCGUACGGAAUCACAUUAGAUUCAUUUUCGAACAUUUACGUUGCCGGUUCUGAAUCAAACAAUAUCGUAGUAAUUUCCCCUGAUGGAAAACAAGGCAGAGAAGUAAUAGGAGCUACAGACGGUAUGCUAAAUCCUCGUGCCAUUUAUUUUGAUAAAAACAAAAGCAUGCUUUUAAUAGCAAGCUAUAAUGGAGUUGCCUUCCUAUAUAACGCAACAUAUAAUAUUUAAAUAAACUUAUAUU